AUGCUUGGCUCAGCUUCAUUCUUACCAUGUUUUUAUUUUGCUCCUGAUAUAGUCUCACCCUUAGAUCCCGGUGCUCCUCUCCACCACAACAAUGGUCAUGCAUCUGAUUCACCUCUAUUGUCGUUGACAGAUCCGACAGAUAUCGCCAUGUCGUCCUUGACCCCGGUCUAUCCCGAGCUUUGCCGUCUGCAGCCCCCCGUCCAGGUUCUAUAUCAAGGUCAGACCCCAGAUCAGAUCAUAAGACCCAUGCAGUCUGCCGAGAAUUUAUUGCCCGCACGCUGUGUUCGCUCGUCAAGGAAACAGAUGUGCCGCUCCUAG